AUUGGAGAGUUUAAUAUAAGAAUUUUGCAAAAACAUUUUUUAAAAAAAUAGUUUUGUACAAGUUCAACCUCACCACACUAAUUACACAUUGACAAAUGACAACAAAAUUAACUUAUCAUUUAAAACUCACCAACUAAAUUGCCACCCCAACGAAUCAUUUGCCUAAAAUAGGCAUUGGGGAUGCAUGACUUCCACCCCUUGUAUUGUAUGGGAUUGCUCCAACUAAGUCCUCGUUGGCACAGUUGAUUACCAACUCAUUUUUUUUCCCUUUAUCCCUUGACCAAAAACUCUAAAUAGAAUGCAAGAACGGACCAAAAAUAUGGACCUAAAAAAAUACCCUUGUCGUUGAAGAAUCUAAUAAAUAAUGACAGGCAUUGAAUAACAAAAUUAACACCACCCCAUUAGGCAUCACCAACUCUGAAAGGUUCCAUGCCCCUUUUCAUUUGCUGACCAAUGUCAUUACAAUACAACAUCUUAACUCAUAUUUCAUCGCCUCAUUAAUUUCCCCACAGCCACAUACACCUCAUUUCUAGGCACAAGAAACUCCAAUAGAAUCUCCACAUACAUAACAAGAGUUGAAGAAUUCAGACCCUUGUUCUCUUCCCCUUUGGGAACCUAAUCAUUUGUAUAAGGUGGUACAGGUUUAACUUCUCAACCACUUCAUUACAUCAUUAUUAAGGAAUCUUUAUAGUAUUCUUCAUCUGUGUUAUAAGAAACUCUCAUUGUAGGAAGAGGGAAGAGAAAUAAAGCCAAGUGUUUCAAGGAGAUUCUGAUCUCUUAUAUAUACCUUCUCAACCAAAGUCUGCCAUAGUACUUGGUUAGGGAAGGAUUCUGAUUGUGAGUUUCAUUUCAUUAAUAUUUGUCUCUCUCUAUAAUCAAAUCAGAAGGAAAAAAAUCAUAGUUUGUGCCUGUAGUGAGAAAACUUGUCCUUCCACUGAUGAUUAGUGGAAAUAUUACUGCAUGAUAGAAGCUUCAAUGGGUUUGGUUCAUCCAUGGAUUUCCAUGAAAGCCAUUGAAGAAUUCAGCACUAGAGACAGAAGAAGGCUUCUGGGGUGACAUUCAUGGGGCUCCAUAGAUGGUGGCAAGUUACAUUGUUAACAUUGUCUUUGUUUUUGUCAUGUUUGGUAGGUGGCUCACAGUCUUAUUACGACCAUGAAUCAUUAGAUGACUUUCUUUGCAAACAAGCAAACAAAGAGACAGAAAGGCCUAGAACAGGUGUUGUAUACAAUGUUUCCCUUCCUUCUAACUUCACAGGCAUGGAAGUUUCAGUUGUUAGAUUGCACAGAUUCUCUUUAUGGUCAAGAGGAAUGAAUUAUAGUUUCUUCAGUCUUCCGCCGCGGAUUCUACCGCAGCCUAAUGAGAAGAGAAUAACUAUUUUGUUUGAAAACUUGGGCAAUUGGUCUUCUCAUUAUUUCAAUGUGCCUAACCACACAAUAGUGGCUCCAGUUUUUGGUGUUAUGGCUUACAAUUCUUCAGAAAAAGUAUUGGUAGAUGAGAAGAUUAACUUUACCACCCAUGGUGACCCCAUCAGAAUUCGGUUUCCGCAUGUUGGUCAACAUAGGAAAAAUGACACACCAAUUUGUGCCGAGUUCAGUGCUGGUGAGUUGGUGAAAUUCAAAAACAUGACUGAGCCAUAUGUCUGUGAAGUAUAUAGCCAAGGGCACUACACUCUUGUAGUUCCAUCAUUUCCUUCCCCAAAAGAACCUAAUUCCCGGAGCCAUAGCAAGAGAUUUACCAAAUGGUGGGUGUUGGGAUUUGUAAUAGGUUUUGUUGGGUUGGUCAUAUUGGUUUUGAUCUUGCUAGCUUUAGUUAAGGAGGCCAAGAAGAGAAGAAUAAGAAAAAUGGAGAGAAAUUCAGAAGGGGGUGAGCUUUUUGAUACAUUUUGGAUAGGAGAAACUAAAUUGCCAUCAGCUUCAAUGCUUAGAACCCAACCAACUCUUGAGAAUUAAGAUGCCAUUCAUUAGUAGUUGGUGAUCCAGUUUUCUUCCUUUCUCUCUUGUAGUAUUUGAUUUACUUCAUGCAAAUGAAUAAGUACACAAAUUUCGUUUGUUUUGAA